CUUAUCAAUUUAUAACCAGGCGGCCUAAUUAAUCUGAUCAUUACAGCAAGAAUGAUGGCUUAUGGCAGGAAAUGGGCAUUUGUUUUUGUUGCUGUAGCUUUCCUCUUCAGCAUGGGUGAAGGAGGAGUCCUCAAGUUGGGCUUUUAUGAUGAAGUCUGCCCUCUUGCUGAAGACAUUGUAUAUAAUGUUGUGAAGAGGCACAUACCUCUGGCUCCAUCUCUGGCUGCUCCUCUUAUCAGAAUGCAUUUCCAUGACUGCUUUGUUCGGGGAUGUGAUGGGUCUGUGCUUUUGAAUUCAACAAAGGACAAUAAAGCAGAAAAGGAAGCAAUUCCAAAUCAGUCUUUGAGGGGAUUUAGUCUGAUAGACGAGGCCAAGGCUCUUCUGGAGCAGCAUUGCCCUGGGGUGGUCUCUUGUGCUGACAUUUUGGCACUCAUUGCAAGAGAUGCUGUCUUUGUAGCGCAUGGAGGACCAUAUUGGAACGUCCCCACUGGACGUAGAGAUGGGCUCAUAUCUCAUGAGUCCGAAGCACUUGCAAAUAUACCGGGUCCUACUUUCAAUUUCUCUCAGCUCAUUAAAUCCUUUUCAAGCAAGGGCCUGGAUAUAAAGGAUCUUGUCUACCUAUCAGGUGCACAUACCAUUGGCAUCGCUACUUGCGGGCCUAACACUUUCAGCAAAAGGCUUUACAACUUCAGUGGAAGAGGAGAUUCAGACGUGGACCCUUCCAUGGACAAGUAUUAUGUAGACAACCUGAAGAAGUAUAAGUGCAAGAGCCCAAAAGACAAUACCACAAUAGUUGAAAUGGACCCUGGGAGCCAUAGGACUUUUGAUAUUAGUUACUACAAGCUGUUGAACAAAAGGAGGGGACUUUUCCAAUCAGAUGCUGCACUUCUUACUGAUGCCACCUCCAGAUAUUAUAUUGAUCAGCUGAUUGAAGGGUCCAUUGACAACUUCUUUGCUGGAUUUGCAGAAUCUGUAGAAAAGAUGGGGCAGGUUGGUGUGCUCACUGGAAGUGCAGGAGAGAUCCGCCAUCACUGUGCUUUUGUUAAUUACUGAACUGAAUUCCUUGUGUGUUUGGCCAUCUUGUUUCAUAGCUCUUUAAGGUGUCUCUAUUUGCAAAUAAAAAAGGAGGAGGAUUCCUCGCAAUAAUGCCCAAACACCUCUGGGAUUGUGGUGUUCAUCAGUGUGCCAUUAAAUGUUGUAAUUUAAGUUUGUUGUGGUAAUGCAAAUUUGGUCUUUGGAAGUGAUA